AUGUCUAAUAAUUCAAAUUUAUUUGCAGGUUUUGAUUUAUCAACACAACAAUUAAAAUUCACAGCAAUCAAUGAAAUCAGCAAAGUGGUAUUUGAAGAAUUAGUUAAUUUUGAUAAAGAAUUACCAAGUUAUGGAACAAAAAAUGGUGUAAUAUCAAAUGAGAAUGUUGUUAUUUGCCCUACAUUAAUGUGGGUUGAAUCAAUUGAUUUAUUGUUGAAUAAACUAUCUGAAAAAAAAUUUCCAUUUCAUCAAAUAAAAGCAAUGUCUGGAGCUGCUCAACAACAUGGAAGUGUUUAUUGGUCAGAAAAUUCAUUGGGAAUUUUAGAAAAUUUGAAUCCAACUGAAAGUUUGGUUUCACAAUUUAUAAAUGCCUUUUCUAUACCAGAUUCACCAACUUGGCAAGAUUCAAGUACCACAGAACAAUGUAAGAAUUUAGAAAAAUUAAUUGGUGGUAAAGAAAUUUUGGUGAAUUUAUCAGGAUCAAUAGCUUAUGAAAGAUUCACAGGAAAUCAAAUUACCAAAUUUAGCCAAACAAAUCCUUUGGCAUAUUCAAAAACCAAAAGAAUAUCUUUAAUUAGCUCAUUCCUUGCCUCGAUAUUCCUUGAUGGUGAUGGAGAAAAAUUAAAAUUGAAACUUGGUGAGCCUGAACCUAAUGGAUUAAAAAUUUUGGGAAAUGUUUCCAAUUAUUUUGUAAAAAAAUAUGGAUUUGAUAAAGAUUGUAGAAUCAUUCCAUUUACAGGUGAUAAUCCAGCCACUCUUAUAUCUAUGAAUCUUACUCCUGGAGAUAUAUUAAUAUCAUUAGGAACAUCAGAUACAAUUUUAUUGUACACAAAUAAACCAUCACCAACAAUCGAAUCACACACACUAUGUCAUCCAACAAAUCCAUCAGCUUAUAUGUCAAUGAUAUGCUAUAAGAAUGGAAGUUUAACACGUGAGUACAUUCGUGAUAAAUAUACAACAACAAUAAGAAAUGACAGCAAUGAUCCCUCCUUGUUGUCAUCAGCAUGGACACUAUUCAAUCAAUUGUUGAAAACCUCGAAACCAAACAAAAGAAAAAUGGGAUUUUAUUUUUUAGUGCAGGAGAUCAUACCAUUUGCAAAAGGGAUUUAUAGAUUUGAAGAUAGCCAGCUGAUUGAUGAGUUUCAAGAUGAUCCUAAGCUUGAUAAUGUUAGGUGUAUCAUUGAGUCACAAUUUAUUUCAAUGAGGAUCAGAAUCGAGAAAUUGAUUAAUGAUUUUGAAAACUUGGUCAAUAAAGUAGUUGUUGUGGGAGGAGCAAGUAAAAAUCAUGAAAUUUUACAAGUGUUAUCAGAUGUUUUUGGCAAAGAGAUUUGGAAACAAAAGCAUCAUCAUAAUUGUAAUGAUAAUAACGAUGUCAAUGCAGCUUCUAUGGGGGCUGCUAUGAAAGCAAAGAUGGCAUUCAACUUUGAGAAUGAUUUUGAAGAUGAAAAGUUGGAAAUUAAUUCUUUUGUUAGUGUUGCGAAACCUAGAAUUGAAUAUACUGAUAUCUAUAAGGAUAUGUUUAACGUCUAUAAAGAAUUAGAAAAUAUUGUAAUAAAUAAUCGAAUUUCCAGAAUUCAAGAAUAA